AAGAAAGAAAAAGCGAGAGAGAGAGUGAGUUCCUGGCGCCCCAAUGGAUGCCUGGAUGACAACAAAGAGCUAGUGUCCUGGUUUUCGCCUGGACGCUGAAUCGGAGCCUUUGAGGAGAGGCAGCCCCGGCGGGGUUUAGUGGCAGUGCCCAAGGAGGGAAGCAGGCAGGCAGGGACAAGCCUCCUGCGAGACUGGCACCACGCAGCCGCCCUCCCUCCUUCCCUCCUUCCCUCCGCCCCCGCCGCCAGAGAGAAAACAGCCGAGCCCCAGGAAGCGCCCCACUCCGAUCCCACGCGCGUCUGCCCCACCAUGUGGCGGAGGCAGUAUGUGACGGCCCAGCAGUUGGCCGGAUUCCGACAUUACAAGUACAGUGCUGUGGACACAAAUCCUUUAUCCGUCCAUGUUAUGCAGCCAUUAUGGGACAGAAUAGUUAAGAUAGUGCCUUUGUGGAUUGCUCCAAAUCUUUUAACCUUUGUUGGAUUUUUGAUGAUUUUAAUUAAUUUUUUUAUAUUAUCCUUUUACGACUGGGACUACACGGCAUCAGCUUCCAGUCCUGGGUUGAUUCCAACAUGGGUUUGGUUGUUUGGUGGUUUUGUCACCUUCUGUGCUUAUACUUUAGAUUCUAUAGAUGGAAAACAUGCUCGAAGGACUCAGUCCAGUACACCUCUGGGAGAGUUGUUUGAUCAUGGACUAGACAGCUGGGCCUCCUCAGUUCUAGCUCUCUCCUUUUAUUCCAUGUGUUCGCGUACCAAUAAGAACUCUGGAAGUACUGUCUUUACCAUGUAUGUGGCAUUAAGUGUCAUCUUGUUAAAUUUUAUGUUUUCGCAUUGGGAAAAAUACAACACGGGAGUUCUUUUUCUACCGUGGGGAUAUGAUGUAAGCCAAGUGGUUUUAAUAGCCAUGUAUUUGCUAACUGCUGGAUUGGGAGUAGAAGUUUGGCAGAAGCCUCUCAUCUUUGAUUAUUAUCUCACAGACACACUAAUAAUCCUCCUGAUAGUCUGCUGCAUAAUUCUUUCCCUUCCACAGACGCUCUACAACAUUUACAUAGCACAUCGAAAUAAAACACUACUAAAAGAUUCUUUGUAUGAGGGACUUCUACCACUAUUCUCCCCAACAGUGCUCUUUACACUUUUCACCAUUUGGGUGACUCAGUCUCCAUGUGAAAUAUUAAAGAAACAAACAAGAUUGUUUUUAUGGAUGGUUGGAGUUAUUUUUGCAAAUAUCAUGUGCAGAAUGAUCAUUUGCCAAAUGACCAACACAAGAUCUGAAGUGCUUCAUUGGGUUAUGGGUCCACUAGCUGUCGUGGUCUUCACAGCAACGUCUGGACUUCAGGGCAGAUUAGAGGAACCAAUAUUUAUUGGAUUUACUCUCUUCGUCACAGCCGCUCACAUCCACUAUGGAUAUUUUGUGGUGAAACAACUGAGCCAAAAUUUCAACAUCUACACCUUUUCCUUGAAGAAGUCCUGACAAAAAUGAAUUUGGUGUCUACAAUAUUUAUAAUACCUGUUUGUAUUUCUGUACUACUGAAAUGUAGAAAUUUCUACAUAAGAGCAAAGGUGUCUUUAACAAAAAAAGGAAGGGGUGUUCAAAAUGAAGCUAAUGUUAUAUUCCAGGAUUUCUAACUAAAAUAAUUUAAAAUGGUUUCCCUUAUUCAUCCUGUAGUGACCAUAAAACACCAUCUUGUUGGAUUUCCUUUUGUUCUCAGCAAUUUUCUGAUAACUGUAGUCUCACUUUCUCUAGUUUCCUGAAAGAUCUUUCAAGAACUUCCUUCUUUUUCCAAUAACUGAUGACCAAACACUUAUUUAUACCAUAUGUAUAUUUUGAUGGAUCAAUUACAAUCACUUCAUAUUUAGGCUGCAUCAUCCCUUUCCUGUUUUGAUUGUUAGCGGUGUUUCAUUCUUUUAUAAAUUAUAAAAGUCCAUGAUAAAUUGUUUCAUCUUCAGAUAAUAUUAUAAAAAAUGUUAAAUCAAUUAUGCUCUUACUCUGAAUGUACAGUUCAGUUGUUUUGUGUCCAUCUUCCCUCUCUUAACUUCAAUGUUUUCUGUUUACAUAUAAUUUAAAUUGAAUAGUCCAAUGUCCACUGCUUGCAGUCAGUUCAACAGUAGCCAUAUCUGGCACUGGGUGUUCAAAGUCACCUAAGUUUAAGUCCAUGGUUGCCUUUCCUCUGGUCAGUUCCAUGCCACUGUUCUUAGGAUGUCAUUAUAUAUAAUAUUCAGAAAACUAUAUGUUUUUAUUAUGAGAAGAAUAUUUAUCUAAUCUACUUGAGGGUAACUGACUUCAUUCACUGCUGCACUUUCUCCUUUGGCUGCCUCUCUGACAGUAUGAUCACAGUACUAAAUUAUUUUGGGCGUUUGUUAUUUUAAUCUGCACUGACUUUUGGACGUAUUCCUCUUUAGAGCUUCCUAAUUUUAAUACAACAUGUUCCUUAAUGCUCCUAAUCCAGUCCUUCCUAUUGGAUUCAUAGAUAAGAGUAAUUUUAUAUUCCAUCCAAAUUGCUAGGAUACCAUUGUUUCUUUGUUCUAAAGCAGGAGUUCUCUAUUUCAGCUGCGUAGCCUUUAUGGAGCAAAAAAGUUCUCAUGGAGCCCCAAGAAAUGUUUGUAUUAUAUUAUAUAAUAAUAAUAACAGAAACCCCAGGGACCAUUCAGUCCAACUGCCUUCUGCCAUGCAGAAAAAGCACAAUCUAAGCACACCCAGCAGAAGGCCACCCAGCCUUUGUAAUAAUAUAAUAUAAAUAAAUAAUAGAAGAAGAAACCCCAGGAACCAUCCAGUUCAAUUCCCUUCUGCUAUGCAGGAAAAGCACAAUCAAAGCACCCCCUGAGCGGUGGGAGGAAACUACGAUUUUGGAAGCAAGGAAGGCGAGAGGAAGAGGAUAUGGGUGGCAAGGGAGGUGGGGGGAAAUACUUUUGAGGGUGAGGGAGAUGAGGAAAACAGGCUUUUGGGGGUGAGGAAGAUAAGAGGAUGGGCAGGAAAGAGGAGGGAAAGAUUGGAGGUGAGGUGGAGGAGGGGCAAGGAGGAGGAAAGUGCAGAGCCCCUCAGUAUGUUUUGCAGAGCCCCAAGGGCUCCACGGAGCACAUUUUGAAAACUGUUGUUCUAGAGGAUAGAAAUAAACCCCAGUAGUCAAUCAAUUGCUGUAUAACCCCAACAGCUGUAGGGCUGCUAUCCACGCCUGACAAAAUACAUCCUUUCUAGGCAUUUUUCUAGAUCACCCAGCAUGGAUCAAUGGGAUUUUUUGGCUGGAAGUCCUUUAGUUGACAAGAAUUCGCUAUUACCUACAGUUUCACAUAUCCAUGGGAACACAGCCCUCAUGGAUAUACGGUUUGCACUGUAUAGUGACUUUAAGAACAGAAUAUUCUAAGUCUCAUUGGCUUCAGUACUUUUCACACUUACCUGAAAGGCAUUCUAUUGAACUCAACAGGACUUUCUUCUGAGUAGAUAUGAUAGAAAUGUUCAGUAUAACAUUUGGGGAGUUCAUUUCUCUCCAUCUCUUGUGUCAUACCAGUCUUCAUACUCUUUUACCUGUUUUACUUCAUGGUUUAUUAUAAAACAUACUCAGCAAUUAGUUCACAAGAACAAUUUAAUAACUGUAACAUACUAAAAAUGUUGUCAGUCCCAAUUUUCUGUAAUAAAAACUAAUGCAUGGAUUGUGAUAACUAUUGAUCACAAUGAUCUGUAGCAGUAAGGCGUUCCAGGGGUGUCUAAAAUAUAACAUUCAAAUUGGCAAUUUGAAAGCAUUUGUGGAGAAAUUGUUUUCUAUCCCUAUUUCUAAAGUGAAAUGUUUCUUGUAGCACAUCAAUAUUAAGGAAAAAACAAUCUCUACCCAAUAUUACUUUUAAUAGUACAGCAAUUCACUGGCAUAUUUCCAAAGAAGCAUCAACAUAUUGUUUAAUGUCAGUAGGUGUCUACUUCAGAGGACACUGACGUGUUACAGUUAUGUAAUCUGCAAUUUAUUAGAAUAUUCAGUUUUCAUUUUUAAAAAAGCAUUUUGUAGCAUAUACCAUCAGAAGUGGUUCUAAAAUUUGGCUUUGGAACACAAUUAUAGGAAUCUUUGGCCCUCACUAAUUCACUUUUCUGUGGUAUGGAACGAUGCAAGUAAAGUGCUGAAAACAAUCACCUCCAUGCUAAAUUUAUUUGGAUGGAAAUAAUAAAUUGUUUAAGUGAAACUUAAUGGCUGUGUGUUAUACCCUUUGGAUCUAGGCCAUAUGCCAUCAGUUGGUAUGGGCAAUGCAAGACCCAGUUUUACCCACCUGUCACCAGAUCAGGGUUGGGGAGAUCUCCUCAAGGGAUGUUUGUUGAGAUUUAACCAAACUAGGAGGCCUCGGUGAGCCACGUAGAAGAUCUGGAAAAAUGAUUUCAGCCAUGGGCUGCAGGUGCUCCAUUCUUAGAUUGAUAUUCCUACUUAAACUCCAUUCUUACGGGUAUCAAUAUCACACUACUUCAUUUUUUUUUAACCAUGGCUGCUUCCAAUUGGAAUUCCCUAUCUAAUGUAAUUCAAUUAAAAAUAAUCCACACAG